CGGAGCUUAGGGCGGGGCCUCUACGCCCCGCCCCUCCGCUGGGCCCUGCCGCGCCGCUGCGGCUCCGCCCCGCUUCUUCCGUCUUCCGCUCCUUCGGUGGGUCGUUCAUCCUUCCUGCUUCUCCCGCACGUUUGGUGUUAUGGGACUGAGCCUCCUUUCCUUUCGUACCACCUGAGGAUCCAGGAAAUCGUCCCCGCGAUGGAAGAGGACCAGGAGCUGGAGAGAAAAAUGUCUGGAUUGAAGACCUCAAUGGCUGAAGGCGAGAGGAAGACAGCCCUGGAAAUGGUCCAGGCAGCUGGAUCAGAUAGACACUGUGUGACAUUUGUAUUGCACGAGGAAGACCAUACCUUAGGAAAUUCUCUACGUUAUAUGAUCAUGAAGAACCCAGAAGUGGAAUUUUGUGGUUAUACUACAACCCAUCCUUCAGAGAGCAAAAUUAAUUUGCGCAUUCAGACUCGAGGUGCUCUGCCAGCUGUUGAGCCAUUUCAGAAAGGCUUGAAUGAGCUCAUGAAUGUCUGCCAGCAUGUACUUGACAAGUUUGAGGCCAGCAUAAAGGACUAUAAGAAUCAAAAGGCAAGCAAAAAUGAAUCCACAUUCUAGUCCCUUUUGCAGAAUACAAGGGGGACUAUCCUCAUGGUCAUGCAGAACCCAGAAUUAGAAGUUUAUGAUUGCAGCAUGCUCUAGCCUUCAGAAAGAUGUGAUUCUAUAGCUGUUGCGCAAUUGAAGCUGUUGGAAUCUCUGCAAGAACCUGUGUAUUCACCUAAUAAAUUCCCUCUUUUCUUUAAAGUA